GUUUUUCCUUGUCUAUUUUUCACAUCAUCUCCAACGGACGAUGGACUUUCUGGAUGGUCAGGUUACCGUCUCCCAUUGGCUCACUUUGGGUUUCGGCGCUUUCCUCGGCUGGGUGCUUUUGACAGUAUUCAACAAGCCUUCAGUCAAGAGAUUCCACGUCAGACCGCCCGCUGCCGCGGAUCCGAAAUGGACGGGUCCUGUACUCGAAAAACCUAGUCUUCAGGAUCCCAGUGAUCCUUCCAACAUUAUUUGCUACGACCCUGCUACGGGUUAUCAUCUCGGUAAUAUUCGCGCUCCUACCCCUGCUCAAGUUCAGUUAGCCUAUGAACGAACCAAGGAAGCUCAGGUGCAAUGGGCCAAAACCUCUUUUGAACAACGUCGCGCUGUGUUGCGUAGCCUGCUUGCAUUCGUCUUGGAAAACCAAGAAACUAUUUGUCGGGUCGGUUGCAGAGAUACCGGAAAAACGAUGAUUGAUGCUUCCCUCGGUGAAGUCAUUACCACGUGUGCCAAGUUGCGAUGGACCAUUGACCAUGGCGAAAAUGUACUUGCGGAUGAUUACCGUGAUCCCGGUUUAAUGAUGAUGUACAAGCACGCCAAAAUCGUGUAUCAACCCAUGGGCGUGGUGGCCGCCUUGGUCAGCUGGAACUAUCCAUUCCACAACGCUCUUGGACCUGUGAUUUCGGCGUUGAUGUCUGGUAAUGGUAUUAUUGUGAAGUGUUCCGAAUACGUGGCGUGGUCUUCUCAGUAUUAUCUGGAGAUUGUGCGCGCUUGUUUGGCGGCGCAUGGUCAUGAUCCCGAAUUGGUUCAAUUUAUCAGUGGAUUUGCCGAUGUUGGUGAAGCCAUUGUUCGUUCUGGAGUGAAUCACAUCACAUUCAUCGGAUCGCCCGGUGUAGGCAAACUGGUUCAACGCAACGCGGCGGAAUAUCUUGUUCCUUGCUUAUUGGAAUUGGGUGGAAAGGAUUGUGCAGUGUUGUUGAAGGAUGCCGAUCUCAAGCAAGCCAUUCCUGUCUUGAUGCGUGGCGUAUUCCAGAACUGUGGACAAAACUGUAUUGGUAUCGAACGUAUCGUUGUCGCGGCCGAAAUUUACGAUCAAGUCGUGGCGGAAAUGCAGAAACGCAUCGGCACUCUCCGCCAAGGCUCCAUUCUUGCCGACGGCGAAGGCGUCGACUGUGGUGCCAUGACCAUGGGUAAUCAGUUUGAAAAAUUGGAAGGAUUGGUUCAGGAAGCCGUGUCGCGUGGGGCUCGUUUGCUUCACGGUGGUAAACGUUAUCAUCAUCCAAAGUAUCCUACUGGGCAGUAUUUUGAACCUACUUUGCUUGUGGAUGUGACUCCGGAUAUGGCGAUUGCGAAUAACGAAACGUUUGCUCCCAUCAUGGUAAUUAUGAAGCAUACCGGUCCUGAAGACGCCGUGCGCGUGGUCAAUGCAUGCCCUUACGGUCUUGGAUCGUCGGUUUUCUCGGCGGAUAAAGCGUUGGCUGAAAAGAUUUGCUUGCAACUCAAGGCGGGUAUGGCCAACGUGAAUGAUUUUGCCGUCAACUAUUUGUGCCAGAGCCUUCCGUUUGGUGGCGUCGGUAUUUCAGGUUAUGGCCGAUUUGCGGGUCCCGAAGGCUUGCGUGGUCUCUGUGUCCCCAAGGCGUUGACGACGGAUCGUAUUCCCGGUGUCAAGACCCCCAUCCCUCCCAUUCUCGACUACCCUAUCAAGAGCGGAGGCAAAGGUUACGGUUUUGUUCAGGAUCUCGUCACUUUGAUUUACAACCCGGAGAUGGUGGCCAAGGUCAAGGCAGGCCUAGGUCUCGCUAAAGCUUCCAUGUAAAAUUGAUACGCACCAACCGCACGCAUGCGCACGCGUAUGUACGUGAUAAAAAAACAUAAUUCAAAUCUAACAACAAUAACCAUCAUUUACGAACGAAAUAACAAAGCAGUAGUACGAUGACAUGGAUUGAAAAUUUUUUCUUUGGGUUCUUUUGGAUGCAUAAGAAUUGUUUAUCGUGAGGUUUAUCUCUUUUCCAUGUUUUAUUAUCGGUUUUUGGGAUUUUUU